UUCAGCUGCAGUCAUUGCUCUUCCUCUUUUAGCCGCAAAGAUCAUUUGAAGGUACAUAUUCGAAAGCAUAUUGGCGAGAUACCUUCUAGCUGCAGUAAUUGCUCUUCCUCUUUCGAUAUAGAAAUGCUUUAAAGGAGCAUAUGCAAACGCAUACCGGCGAGAAACCUUUCAGCUACAGUCAUUGCUCUUCUUCUUUUAGCCGCAAAGAUCAUUUGGAGGUACAUAUUCGAAAGCAUACUGGCGAGAUACCUUCCAGCUGCAGUAAUUGCUCUUCCUCUUUUAGACAUAGAAAUGCUCUAAAGGAGCAUAUUCGAACGCAUAAUGGCGAGAAACCUUUCAGCUGCAGUCAUUGCUCUUCCUCUUUUAGACAUAGAAAUGCUUUAAAGGCGCAUAUUCGAACGCAUACAGGCGAAAAACCUUUCAGCUGUAGUCAUCGCUCUUCCUCUUUUAGAUGUAGGAAUGCUUUAAUGGUGCAUAUUCGAACGCACAACGGUAAAAACCAUUCAGCUGCAGUCAUUGCUCCGCCUGAAUGCAUCUGAUGUAUAAUGGCGAGAAACAAUUCAGCUGCAUCCUACGCUCCUCGUCUUUUGCUGUCUAAUUGUAAGUCAAUUUUAUGCAACUAAUUCGAAAGCAUAUGGUGAAAAGCUGGUCCUUGCUCUGCGUCGUUUGCUGCC